UUCAGCAAGUACUGCAACUCCAGCGACAUCAUGGACCUGUUCUGCAUCGCCACGGGCCUGCCCAGGAACACGACCAUCUCCCUGCUGACCACAGACGACGCCAUGGUCUCCAUCGACCCCACCAUGCCGGCAAAUUCGGAACGCACUCCCUACAAAGUGAGACCCGUGGCCAUCAAGCAACUCUCUGAGAGAGAAGAGCUCGUCCAGACCGUGCUGGCCCAGGUUGCAGAGCAGUUCUCAAGAGCGUUUAAAAUCAACGAACUGAAAGCCGAAGUCGCGAAUCACUUGGCAAUGCUGGAGAAAAGGGUCGAAUUGGAAGGACUAAAAGUGGUGGAGAUCGAGAAAUGCAAGAGUGACAUUAAGAAGAUGAGGGAGGAGCUGGCGGCCAGGAGCAGCAGGACCAACUGUCCCUGUAAGUAUAGUUUUUUGGAUAACAACAAGAAGUUGACACCUCGGCGUGAUGUCCCCACUUACCCCAAGUACCUGCUCUCUCCCGAGACCAUCGAGGCCCUGCGGAAGCCAACCUUCGACGUCUGGCUUUGGGAACCCAACGAGAUGCUGAGCUGCCUGGAGCACAUGUACCACGACCUCGGCCUGGCCAGGGACUUCAGCAUCAACCCCAUCACGCUCAAGCGGUGGCUGCUCUGCGUGCACGACAACUACAGGAACAACCCUUUCCACAACUUCCGGCACUGCUUCUGCGUGGCACAGAUGAUGUACAGUAUGGUCUGGCUCUGCGGUCUCCAGGAGAAGUUUUCCCAAAUGGACAUCUUGAUCCUAAUGACGGCGGCCAUCUGCCACGACUUGGACCAUCCAGGCUACAACAACACGUACCAGAUCAACGCCCGCACAGAGCUGGCGGUCCGCUACAACGACAUCUCGCCACUAGAGAACCACCACUGCGCUGUGGCCUUCCAGAUCCUCGCCCAGCCCGAGUGCAACAUCUUCUCCAACGUGCCACCAGAUGAGUUCAAGCAGAUCAGACAGGGAAUGAUCACAUUAAUCUUGGCCACCGACAUGGCGAGGCAUGCAGAAAUUAUGGAUUCUUUCAAAGAAAAAUUGGAGAAUUUUGACUACAGCAACGAGGAGCACAUGACCCUGCUGAAGAUGAUUUUGAUAAAAUGCUGCGACAUCUCUAACGAGGUCCGUCCCAUGGAAGUCGCAGAACCUUGGGUGGACUGCUUAUUAGAAGAGUAUUUCAUGCAGAGCGACCGCGAGAAGUCGGAAGGCCUCCCUGUGGCCCCGUUCAUGGACCGGGACAAAGUGACCAAAGCUACGGCCCAAAUUGGGUUCAUCAAGUUUGUCCUGAUCCCGAUGUUCGAGACGGUGACCAAGCUCUUCCCCAUGGUCGAGGAGCUCAUGCUGCAGCCCCUGUGGGAGUCCCGGGACCGCUAUGAGGAGCUGAAGCGGAUCGACGACGCCAUGAAAGAGUUACAGAAAAAGACUGAGAGCUUGACGUCCGGGGGCCCUGAAACAUCCAGAGAGAAAAGCAGAGAUGUGAAAAAAAGCGAAGACCGCACCUGAGGACGGCGGAGGGCCGUGGCUGCCGCUCGCACGCCCGGGCUUCGCGGCGUCCUCCCCGCAGGGAAUGCUGCUC